AUGGACGGACCUUCGAUGAUGACGUCCGCGCUAAUCUUGCCUCGCCUCACUAUUUACGCGGGCGGCGGUGGGAUGAGUGCUCGUGACUGGCCGCACCUGCGCGGAUUGGAGCUGGCCGAUCCGGAUUUCCUCGCGACGGACCCGAUUGAGAUACUCCUCGGCGCCGACGUGCAUGCGGUUAUUAUCCGCGACGGUAUAAAGAGAGGCCGUCCUUGCGAGCCUGUGGGGCAGAACACAGCGUUAGGAUGGAUAAUCUCAGGAGCAGCCGAUGCUAAUAUUAAAAGUCAGUACGUACAUACGCAUCAGUGCACUAUAUGUGAUGAUCUUUCGAUGAUGGUCAGACGUUUCUGGGAGCAGGAAGAACUCCCUGUUGCCGCUGCUCCAUUGACGCCAGAAGAGCGGGAGUGUGAGGACCUCUUCAAUCGCACGCACAUCAGACUGCCUGACGGGCGGUAUAUGGUUCGCCUUCCAGUCACUGGACUACUUCCUGACUUCUCCAAUUCACGGCAGACGGCAGCCCGGGUGCUGGCGCAUGUUGAACGGCGGCUCGAGCGAGACUCAACAAUGCGCACUCUCUAUUGCGACUUCAUGCGCCAAUACGAGGACCUGGGACACAUGUCAGUGGCAGAGGCUCCGACUAGUCGCACUUCAAGACGAACUUGUUAUCUACCGCACCACGGCGUGUUGCGGGCAGAAAGCUCAUCCACCAAACUAAGAGUCGUAUUCAACGGCUCGUCAACUAUUGCCUCUGGUCAGUCGUUGAACGAUCACCUCUAUCCAGGACCGAAUUUACUGCCUUCGCUGGCUGACGUCCUUCUCCGAUGGCGUCUGCACAAGUACGUCCUUGCCGCAGACGUUGAGAAGAUGUUCCGACAGAUUCAAGUCCACCCGAAGGAUCGCGAUCUGCAACGUAUCUUGUGGCGUCAUGAUGAGGCCGAUAAAAUUAGGGAUUAUCAGCUCAAUACAGUUACUUACGGUCUGGCGUGCGCCCCUUUCCUAGCUAUGCGAACGUUGCGGCAGCUGGCCGACGACGAGGAGAAUCAUCAACCAUUGGGAGCUGCCAUCUUGCGCCGAGAUGUCUACAUGGAUGACAUCCUCACUGGCGCCGCCAACUACCAGGAGGCGAAAGAGAUCCAGCGGCAGCUUUCACUUCUCUGCUCGGCGGGCGGGUUUCCUCUCAAGAAGUGGUCAGCCAACAACAUCUACCUGCUGGAGGACCCCGGAUGGGCGAAGAUCCUCAUCCAGACCACGUGGCUUCAAGGACUCGAGUGGGAUGAUCCGUUGGCAGAUGCAGAGGCUAAACUCUGGCGAGCUUUCCAGGAGGAGCUCCCUCUCCUAAGUCAAAUACACGUGCCUCGAUGGCUGCAGAAUGAAUCUUCCCACGAUGGCCAGGAGAUUCACGAAUUCUGCGAUGCUUCGGAGCACGCUUACGCGGCUGUAGUGUAUCUGCGCACGUUAACACCGGAGAAGGUGGCAAUCUCAUUAGUGAUGGCAAAAACCAAGGUGGCUCCCUUGAAGCAGGUGUCCUUGCCUCGUCUGGAACUCUCUGGUGCGGCAUUGCUCGCUCGACUUGUUUGCCAUGUACAGUCGGUGCUUGGGCUGCACAAUGUUCCUACCUAUCUUUGGACAGAUUCCAUAGUGACACUGGGCUGGAUUCAUGGACAUCCGUCACGCUGGAAGACGUACGUCGCUAAUCGUGUUGCCGAGAUCCAGAGAAUGGUGCCUGAUGCCCAUUGGCGUCACUUGCCAGGUCGUGAAAAUCCUGCUGAUUGCGCCUCUCGGGGAAUACUCCCGAGCGACCUGGUUCAUCAUCCGCUGUGGUGGCGGGGCCCUCCAUGGCUUUCUUCAGAUCACGAGUCAUGGCCUUCCUCAGUUCAACCCGUCGAGCGAGACUUGCCAGAGACUCGCGUCAAGUGCAAUGUUCUGAAGCUGCCUGACGAGGCGCCGCUGCUAACUCGUUUCUCAACCUUGAACCGGCUAGUGCGAGUGGUGGCCUGGUGCCGUCGCUGGUUGCGAGUCAUCCGUCUGCCUCCGGACGAAACUCCUGGGAGGGACCGGUUGCUAUCGGUGAAGGAGAUGGACGAGGCCCGUCACGCCCUAAUCCAUUUAACGCAGGUUACCUGGUGGAGGAAAGAAAUUGACAACAUUAAAGAAAAUCAACCGCUACCUAGAGGGUGCGUACUCACCAAAUUAAGCCCCUUUGUGGAUGAGCUGGAAGUGCUUCGGGUAGGGGGACGUAUCAAGUACGCACUGCUGGCCUAUGACGAGAAACAUCCAAUGAUCCUUCCGGGCGAGUCUCAUUUCGCCAAACUCGUCAUCGAAGCUUGUCAUCGAGGUACUCUUCAUGAUGGAGUUCAGGCCACGCUGGGAUUGAUACGGCAGCAUUAUUGGAUUCCUCGCGGCAGGGCUCUAGUCAAGAGCCUCAUUCACCGUUGCGUACCUUGCUUGCGAUGGCGGGCGGCGCCCUCUCUUCAAAUCAUGGGGGAUCUACCGAGACAAAGAGUUACUCCAGCACGCCCUUUCUUGAACACGGGCGUCGACUACGCUGGUCCUGUGAUGCUGCGGACGACCAAGGGACGAGGACAGAAGGCGUACAAGGCCUUCGUGGCUGUGUUCGUUUGCAUGAGCUCUCGGGCUGUGCACCUUGAAAUUGUUUCAGAUUACAGUUCCGAAGCUUUCUUGGCUGCCUUACGACGCUUUGUGUCGAGACGCGGCUUGUGUCACACCAUCUACAGCGACUGCGGCACUAAUUUUGUAGGAGCUGACAGACAGCUUAGAGCUAUGUUUGCCGCCAGCAGCUUAGAAGGACGAAAAAUCGCCGAUGGCCUCGCGUCCCUCAAGAUAGAGUGGCGCUUCAACCCUCCCGCUGCGCCUCACUUCGGAGGCUUAUGGGAGGCCGCCGUGAAAUCCAUGAAGCAUCACUUGCGGCGGGUGUUGGGAGAAUCUACGCUGACUUACGAGGAGAUGGCUACCCUUCUUGCGCAGAUUGAGGCAUGCCUUAACUCAAGGCCACUCCAGGCGUUAACGGACGACCCGGAGGAUCUCGCUGCGUUGACGCCAGGCCACUUUCUUAUCGGGUCAGCUAUCAACGCAGUGCCGGAGCAGUGUCUCUUGGAGAUUCCUAUGAAUCGUCUGGGGAGAUGGCAGUUGAUACAGAGAAUGCGGGAUCAGCUAUGGGACAGAUGGUCCAAGGAGUACUUACAUGCUCUCAAUCACAGACCUAAGUGGUGGAACAGCAACGCUUCAUUCCAAGUAGGACGCUUGUGCUUGCUGCGUAACGAGGCUGCACCGCCGACGAGAUGGCCGCUAGCUCGGAUCGUUAGGAUCCACCCAGGAGACGACGGGAACAUCAGGGUAGUAACUGUACGCACCGCCACAUCUGAAUUAGUGCGUCCAGUGGCGAAGCUCGUGCUCCUCCCCGUCAGCGAUAUCCGCGAAAGCGACAAGGCGGAAGCAAAUGCGGAACCAUGA